UUGUGCGCGUCAGAGUGGCAUUACUCUCUGGGAACCAGUAUCUCCUUUUCUCAGUCUCUGGGCUUUUUUAAAAAGAGCCAGAAGCUUCAAUGCUGGAUGCCGUGCUAUGACAACGUCACUGCUCCUCCGUCCUCGCUGGGUCGACCCGUCGGUGAUGUUCCUCUACGACAACGGCGGCGCCGAUGAAGUGACUAAGAACAUGGAGGGAUUUGCUGGUGGCAACUUUGCUGCUAACCAGUGUAGAAAUCUGAUGGCGCACCCCGCGUCUCUGGCACCCAGCACGGCUUACUCGUCCAGCGACGUGCCCACCUCCAGUAUGGGCGAGCCAGUGAAACAGUGCAGCCCUUGCUCUGCAGCUCAGAAUUCUUCCAGUGCGUCCCUGCCAUAUGGGUACUUCGGUAGCGGCUAUUAUCCGUGCCGAAUGUCGCAUCACAGCAGCAUAAAGUCUUGCGGAGCGCAACCCCCCUCCGCGUAUGGAGAGAAAUACAUGGACACGUCCGCCUCCGGCGACGACUUCACCUCUCGGGCAAAGGAAUUCGCUUUUUACCCGACCUACUCUUCGGGCCCAUACCAACCUGUCCCCAGUUACCUGGACGUUCCUGUGAUGCCAACUAUCAGCGCGCCGUCAGAGGCCAGACACGAGUCCCUGCUGCCUAUGGAGAGCUACCAACCGUGGACGCUCGCCGCCAACGGUUGGAACGGCCAGGUUUACUGCGCCAAGGAGCAGCCGCAGCCUGGACACAUGUGGAAGUCCUCCAUACCAGACGCGGUGUCCCACGCCGGAGGAGAGUCUGGCUCUUAUCGACGUGGAAGAAAGAAGCGCGUGCCAUACACCAAGGUGCAACUGAAGGAACUCGAGCGCGAGUACGCGGCGAAUAAAUUUAUCACGAAGGACAAAAGGAGGAGGAUAUCUGCCCAGACCAACCUGUCCGAGAGACAGGUCACGAUUUGGUUUCAAAACAGACGCGUGAAGGAGAAGAAAGUUGUCAACAAAUUGAAACCCAUCAGCUAGUUUUUUUUUUAUUACGGACAAUAUCAGUGGGAGAUAAACUACGAGGCCUACAUAGACACACCUACAGACACAUGCUUGGAUUGGAACAAUAAAACUCCUUCCUGAUUGAAUAUGAUUUAUUUGUAUGUUGCCAAAUGAUUUCCCGGACCUUCUGGAACAACAUUUCUGAGGCCUAUAAAUGCUGGACCCUCUAUUUCCUGCACUUGUUGUUAAAUAUUGUUUAAGGAAUCAAGUGAGGAAAAAAGAGAAAACGUAUAGCUGCAGCAUUUGUGACUUUUUUUUUUGGCAUGCUCCCUCUCAACACAUGAAAACUGACCCCAGUUCAGAAAGUUGUGCGCCACCGAGCUACGCCUUUAUCUGCAACGUUAAUGAGAGUGAUAAAAACAAAAGAGAAGAUUCACAGGAAGUGACGGUGUUAUGGAUUUGGACCUUGGGAGUUAAAUAUUAAUCUCUCCUAGCCUUCUUUUUUAAAAACCUACUCACAUGCUUAGCUUGUAUGAAGUUUAGUCUUAUCAUAUGAACCCGUGCUCUCAUUCAUAUCCAAUCCAUGGUGCAAUUCUUAUUAUAAUGCUUAGAUAAUCGUUCGGGAAAUGUGUUCAUAUCAAUCAUAGCUUUUUAUAAUGUGUACGUCUUAAUGUGGUUGUAUAUAAAGUAAAUUCCGGCAUGAUGGUUAUUUGUGUGUGUGUGAGUCAGUCUGUCGGUGUUAAAGUCCGUCCCAAUAAAAUAUGGACUUGGUUGAAUUUUAUCCAGGGUAUUAUGUUGAACAUAGAUCAUUUGCAUUGCAUGAGGCUAUGAUGAUAGCUCAGUUUAUUGGUUUACAUACAACCACUUCAUCUUUUCGAAGAAGUUGCUCCUCCAUUAUCGCUACACUUUCAAGUACUCUUUAAGGCCCAUACGCUGCAUGUGGCAUAUGGUUUCAAUAGUGAAUGGGUGUUGCGGCUUUGCUGAGUUUGUAGGAGCUUUUUUUUUAUCCGGAUAUACUUAAUGCAAAUUUCUAUUUUGAAAGUCCAAUAUUUGCAAUGUGUAGUAGAGUUCUGUUUGGCUCUGGGAAAAGAGGAAAUCAAUCAGUUCAGCCUGGUCUGUGUUGAAAUAUAGACUGACAUCGCCAUCUAGUGGCGACUUUGUAGUACACUCAAGUGGAUUAUCAGUGGACAAAUAAUCCCAUACAUAGUUUAAAGAUAUACUGAAUAAUAAGAAUAAUAAUAGUAGCCUAAUAUCAUGUAUUAUCAUUUUUAUUUCAUUCUAUAAUAAUUCAAUAUUUUGACCUUGACCGACACAGCAGCCGUGAUAAACAGACGCUGGUGGAAUGUCCAGGAAAAACUCCUCAUUUUAAAAAUGAACUCAGGCUAUAUCAAACAGAAAACAAAAUACCUCCUGACUCACUGUUAGUGUGACUAUACAAUGCAAAUAAUCGGCUAAAUAUUGAAAUUGAAAUUAUUCUAAGGAAAUUUAAUCUUGAAGGACAUUGAAGUGAACGUGUGUAUUUCCCCCCCCCAACUGUAUUUCUUAGCGCUUCUGUUUUAUUCGUAAAUACAUGUUAAAGGUAAAAUCUAUUCGGUACAGGGUUACUUUAUAAAUGCUAGUCGCCCUUUCAAUAAAUUACUCUGUUUACAUCGA